AUGUGGGCUGAAUAUGAUUUGGGUCCAGGAGUUUCCUGUCUUGAGAGCUGGUCAGAACCUACUGAUGGAAAAGUGUAUCGAAUGUAUCACGGUACCUCUCGACAGGCUGCUGCACAAAUCAUGAGAACCGGCUUCAAGCAAUCUGCAGGCGGCAUGUUAGGGCGUGGUGUGUACCUUAGUCGUGAUCUUAAAAAGGCCAGGAGAUACCCUUUGCAUCUGCGUGAGAAUGAGAGAGUUGUUAUAAGGGUGAGAGUCAAAGUUGGGAGAGUGAAAAAAAUUGAUUAUCAAGGUCACCCACUGCAGAAAACCUGGCAUGAUCAUGGGUACGACACUGCUUGGUGUCCUCCUAGAUGUGGCAUGGUUUGGAGUGGUCUGGAAGAAGAUUGCGUAUGGGAUCCAAGCCGUAUUGAGGUUAUUGAUAUAAUUCAUCCAAGAACAAUAUCAGGAACAUUUUUUGAAGACUGCAUGAAAGUAAAUACAGAGGAACCUGCUAAUGGGAGAGUGUACCGAAUGUAUCAUGGUACGUCUCCACAGGCUGCUGCUGAAAUCAUGAGAAGCGGCUUUAAGCAAUCUGCAGGCGGCAUGUUAGGGCGUGGUGUGUACCUCAGCAGGGAUCUUAAUAAGGCCAGUAGAUACCCUUUGGAGCUGUCUGAGCACCAGAGAGUUGUUAUAAGGGUGAAAGUCAAUGUUGGGAGAGUGAAGAAAAUCGAUUAUCAAGGUCACCCACUGCAGAAAACCUGGCAUGAUAAGGGGUUUGACACUGCUUGGUGUCCUCCUGGAUGUGGCAUGGUUCCGAGUGGUCUGGAAGAAGAUUGCGUGUGGGAUCCAAGCCGUAUUCGGGUUAUUGAUAUAAUUCGUCCAAGUACAACAUCAGGAGCAUUCUAUGACCAUACUUCUGUAAACAUCAUGUGGGCUGAAGAUGAUUUGCGUCCAGGAAUUCCCUGUCUCGAGAGCGGGUCAGAACCUGAUAAUGGGAGAGUGUACCGAAUGUAUCAUGGUACGUCUGCAGACGCUGCUGCCAAAAUCAUGACAACUGGCUUUAAGCAAUCUGAAGACGGCAUGUUAGGGCGUGGUGUGUACCUCAGCAGGGAUCUUAAUAAGGCCAGUAGAUACCCUUUGGAGCUGCCUGAGCACCAGAGAGUUGUUAUAAUGGUGAAAGUCAAUGUUGGGAGAGUGAAGAAAAUUGAAUAUCAAGGUCAUCCACUGCAGAAAACCUGGCAUGAUCAUGGGUACGACACUGCUUGGUGUCCUCCUAGAUGUGGCAUGGUUCCGAGUGGUCUGGAAGAAGAUUGCGUGUGGGAUCCAAGCCGUAUUGAGGUUAUUAAUAUAAUUCAUCCAAGUACAACAUCAGGAGCAUCACAAUUAAAAAUAAGAAUAUACCGGGAAUUGUCGACUCUAGAUUUUAAUGGGUACCUCCUGAAACAGGUGAAAAGUAGCCAAGCUGUUCCACAGCAGAUCUGCAAACGGGUAGUAAUGGCCCGCGCAUUCCCCCGUUUAGCAAAGCAAUUUCUAGCAGAUGCACCAGCAGAGGUUAAAGAGUUUUGCAAAGACAUGAGACCUGGAAAGCACCAUGUCAAGAGGUUCAGUGAGGUGACAGCCAUUGGCUCACCACAAUUAAGAGUAAUCUCUGCCUGUGACCAGGCUGCCAUCCACAAAGUGAAGGAUAUUCCAACAAAGACUUCUGUUAAGUACUACAGGAGAAUGGCUUCUGAGUAUUCUUCUCUGAACACCAUCAUGUGGGCUGAAGAUGAUUUGAAUCCAGGAAUUCCCUGUCUCGAGAGCUGGUCAGAACCUGCUAAUGGGAGAGUGUACCGAAUGUAUCAUGGUACCUCUCCACAGGCUGCUGCCGAAAUCAUGAGAAACGGCUUUAAGCAAUCUGAAGACGGCAUGUUAGGGCGUGGUGUGUACCUCAGCAGGGAUCUUGAUAAGGCCAGUAGAUACCCUUUGAAGCUGCCUGAGCACCAGAGAGUUGUUAUAAGGGUGAGAGUCAAUGUUGGGAGAGUGAAGAAAAUCGAUUCUCAACGUCACCCACUGCAGAAAACCUGGCAUGAUCAUGGGUACGACACUGCUUGGUGUCCUCCUGGAUGUGGCAUGGUUCGGAGUGGUCUGGAAGAAGAUUGCGUGUGGGAUCCAAGCCGUAUUGAGGUUAUUAAAAUAAUUCGUCCAAGAACAACAUCAGGACCAUUCUAUGACUGCUAAAUUGGUGUAAAAAGUUUUGACUGUAAAAAAUAAAGUCAACACUAUCAAAGUUUCAUGUCUAUAAAUGACAAUAAAUUAAUACAAGAAUUGAAAA